AAAAGUGUGAAGAGGGUUUAUACUCAUAUUUUUUAUCUGAUUUUCAUGAAGUCUCUGGGUGUGCUAAUGGUUAAUGCUUUGCAGAAUCGAAUUUUCACGAUUUCCCUUUACUCAAGCCAAAGCCAGCGAAAGGUUCACAGACGCAGAAGCCAAUGGGCCACAUAAAAAUCGAUCCUUUUGCAGCAAACAGACCUUACCGCGGCCAACUCACUCCAACAAGUAGCUCCCCCGGGUCCCGAGAACACUCACCGGCCACACCGCAAGACGGCCAGCCACUCCGAACACCGCUUAACAAUGGCUCACUCUCACCGAAUCCACAAUUCCGGGAUCACCAUCAGCCCAGGAAGGAUUCUUCGUCAUCAAGCUAUAAUAUAGAAUCACCUUUUACUCUUUUUAACCCGGCAAACGUUUCCCCGGUGAGCCCGCGUACACCGACGGGUGCCGCAGCAACUACUCGUACUGGUAGUUUUUACCUUAACAGUGACUUGUAUGCCCCGGUUUCCCCACUGUCGGAUGGUAGCAGGACCGUGGCGGCGCGGAUGAACAACAUCGCACCUGGCCCGUUCGGGGUAAGUUCUAGUAACUCUAGCAGGGAGCGGACAUCUGAGAUGGUGGUACCAUCUGCUAGGAAUCCUCUAGAGCAAGGGCCGGCUAAGGCGCCGAAGGGUGGGGACUCAGAAACGCUGCCUGUUGCGGCUUCGUUUCCAAAUAAGGGGGAAGGGAGGGUCAGGUCUUCUACCAGCGGACACUCCGCGGACUCGCGGACAAUGGGAAGGAGUCGAGAGGCUGGAAGGGAAUCACGGGAGAAUGGGAGGGAGAGGGAACAAAGGUCAACUUCUAGUGCUGAACAACUAGCUAGGCUUCCAUCACCACACAGAAGAUCACAGUCGCCGGGAGGGGCGGAGGCGAGGAUGCGUAGAAAGGAGCGGAGUCUUCCCCCAGUUCCUUCACUCUCCCGCGGCACGACAAGGAGAAAUGGAGAGGAAUCGCCACUGGACCCAGUAUCUCCGUACACCCAUCGUGCUAUGAAGUCAGAAGUUGCACCCUCAAUUCCAAAAAUGGAUGCUUUGAGACUAGACACACGAUCGCACACGUUUGCCACCAAGAGCGAUUCUAAGUCACCCGGUGGCAGACAGCCCCCGCAUCCUGGAUUGGGAUUGCCCAGGUCUCCGUCUGUAACGGUGAAGAACCAUAUCCAUAGACGGAACAAGUCUUCGGCAAAUCUGGCUAAAGGACUCCCGCCUCCGCCAGAAGACAACUUACCACCUGCAUUACCAACAAAAGAUCAAGCAGUCCGACGGCGACCCUCUGUUGGAGCCAACACAAUGUCAUCUGGUAGAUUGGAUAGACGAUCUGGCUCUAAACCCCCGACACUAAACCGACUAUCUCCACCAAGAGCAGACGAAUACACCCACUACUCGUUAGGAAAUCCCUAUGACCUGGAAGCCCCGGUAGAGCAAUCCACAUCCCACAUCCCAAGCCCCUCCAUGUCAAGCAAUACCUCUUCCGUCUUCUCCCACAAUUCCAAGAGCUCCCGCAGUUCUAUGUCCAGUCCCCCAAUCCCUGAGACCUCCCAAGUCCCUAAACUCCCCCCCAAACCUUCUCGAGGGAGCCGUUGCCGGUCAAAGGACAGCAAUGGGCUGAGCGACAUCGAUGGCUUAAUGAAAGAACUCCAAAGUUCAAUGCAAGAACUCCAACCUAGCGCCGUGCCGCCAAAGCACCCAGUUGAAGGCCGACCUCGAGAUAAACCUCGAGUCUCGGCCCACGAGCGAGCAGCGCCCCCACCAUUGAAGUCCCACCAACACCAACCUUCGUCAUCAAAAUCCCCAAUCGACUACGAAAAACCCCUCCCAAACUUAACAGAACCCUUCCUCGCCCCCGACCUACCGCAAGCCUUGCCGCCGCCGCCCCCAAAAGAUAAAAGCCCACGGGCUCCUCCGUCCGCACCACCCCAACCACCGCCGAGGACCCAACCACCCGUAAACGAGCCCCUACCGGUGCCCAGAAGGCGGCGAACAACCGCAUCGAAAGGCAACUGCAGAGGCUGUGGCGAAGCUAUAGUCGGAAAAUCCAUCUCCUCCGCCGAUGGGCGACUAACCGGUCGGUACCACAAAGCUUGCUUCGUCUGCCGGGACUGCCACGAACCGUUCCAGUCCGCCGAAUUCUACGUGUUGAAUAACUCACCAUAUUGCCAUCGACACUACCACAAGCUGAACCAUUCACUGUGCCCGUCCUGCGAUAGAGGGAUCGAGGGGCCGUGUUUGGAGACGGAGAUGAACGAGAGAUUUCACCCGAAUUGUUUCAGAUGUUAUGAUUGCCGAUGCGAACUCAGCGGCGAUUACUUCGACUUCAAUGGACGACCCUACUGCGAACGACAUGCCUUCCGGAUGGUACGGGGGACGCAGAAUGGGAACGGGAACCUGGGGGCGAGCAGGAGUCCGGCGGACAUGGGGAGGAGGAAGACAAAGUUGAUGUUUAUGUGAAUUCGUUCAACUCAAUC